AUGGCUGCUGUCGAUGCUGUUAACAUGUCUCUUGAUGACAUCAUUGCUAAAACUAGAGGAACUAAGAAUCUCCGAGGACGUGGAGCUUCAAGGAUAGGAAAACCUGGUAGACGGGGUGAUAAACCAGGUAGACAAUGGAAAAAUGACAAGUAUGAUGCUAUCUAUGGACGUGGACGCCGUAUUAAUCAAAAGACCCGUCGUACUACUGGAGGUGCUGGGGCUAAAUUUAUUAAUCGCCGUGUACCAAUCUCAUCAAUUGGAAAGUUGUUGAUUUCAAAUUUACCAAAAAAUGUAUCUACAUUAGAUUUACAACAACUUUUCAAAGGAUACCCUUUCAAGACAGUGACUGUCAAUCACAAUGAAAUGGGUGAAUCCUUAGGGACAGCCAUGGUCGUCACACGACGCCGUGGUGAUGUAUUGAAACUUAUGAAGGAUUUUGCAGGAAUUGCGAUUGAUGGAAGAGCAGUUCAAAUGGUUGAUUUGUCUUCAGAUUCAAAUCGUGAUGGAACAGGUGCAAUUUUGGAUAGAGUUUCAGUCAAGAAAGUUGCCAGUGGUGGUGUACGUAAAGAGAAAGGCGGUAUUGUAAAGGGAAGAAAAGGUGGAGCCGUUAAAGGAAAAGGAGCACCCAAAAAAGGAGGAAAGAAGUUUGAUAGAAAGAAGAAGGAGAAAGUUACUACUGAGGAUCUUGAUAAGGACCUUGAGGAAUAUAUGUCACGUGGAAAAGACAAGAAAACUGAGGAAAAUAUGGAAUCUUAA